AUGGCGACUGGUCGCACAUAUGAUGUGGUUGUCCUCGGCGCCACGGGAUUCACAGGCCAGAAGAUCGCCGAGGAAAUGAUCGAGAGCAAGUUCCAAGGGUCAUGGGCGGUGGCUGGCCGGUCCCGCAGCAAGCUGGAGAACGUCGUGGAGAGGCUGGACCUCACGUCGGCCAGUGUCAGGCCCGACAUCGUGCUGGCAGACGUCGGGGACGCCCCCUCGCUCCUCGCCCUCGCAUGCUCCACGCGGGUGCUGAUCAGUGCGGUGGGCCCCUUCCGCAGGUACGGCACCCCCGUGGUGAAGGCAUGCAUCGAGGGGAAGUGCGACUAUCUGGAUGUCUGUGGCGAGCCAGAGUUCAUGGAGAGGAUUGAGCUGGAGUACGGAGAGGCUGCUGAAACUGCCGGCGUGCUCAUCACCUCCGCCCUCGGGUUCGACUGCGUGCCCGCCGACGUCGGCACGCAGCUGGCUGCCUCCCUGUUCAAGCCCCCUGCGAGAUGCACCUGGGUCGAGUCCUUUGUCUCCAUCCACGCCGGCGAGGCGGGGCUGGGGGGCAACUUUGCCACCUACGAGUCGGCGGUGUUCGGCUACGCCCACGCCCAGUCCCUCAGCAGGCUGCGCAAGCAGGCUGCAGCUGCCAAGGGCAAGGUCGACCUGAAAAUCCCGGGGCCGAGACCCCGCCAGAGCGCCAAGCCGGUGUGGGACGCCCGCCUGCGGCGCUGGACCCUCCCCUUUCCCGCUGCCGAUGCGUCCGUCGUCAAGAGGACCUGGGCCGGGCUGGCCAAGCAGGGCGAGGCUGCAGCCCACACCUCUGUCUCUUUCACCCUCGCCGACCGCUGGACUGUGGCCCUGUACGUCUUCUUCGGCACGAUCUUCUCCUUCCUGGCCAACCGGGCCUGGGGCCGGACCCUGCUCCUCCGUUUCCCCAGCCUCUUCUCCUACGGCGUGUUUUCGCGGGAGGGCCCCACCGACCGCCAGAUCCACGACACCCGCUUCGAGUACCUACACAUCGCGCAUGGGCACGCCGACCCCGCGGCCGCCGCCGCGGGCGCGCCGCCGGACGAGCACCGCAGCGUGCGUAUCGUGGGGCCAGAGCCGGGGUACAUUGCCUGCUCCAUCUUUGUCACCCAGGCCGCCAACGUGCUGCUGGAGGAGCGGGACGCCAUCGGGGCGAGGGGCGGCGUGCUCACGCCGGGGCUGCUCCUGCGAGGCACGAGUUACCUCGACCGCAUACGGGCGCGCGGCAUCCGGGUGGAGGAGGUACCCACCCCCUCUGCGUAG